GGCAACAUUUAAUUCCCGAAUAUUGCGUCACUUCCGGAGUGGUUGUUUCGAUUUUGAUUGUAAACUGUUAAUAAAUUUUCUUUCUUUAGUUUGUUGUAAAUUUGAAAUAUUAUGGCUUCGCUUCAUAGCAGUUUCCAGACAGAUGCAGAUUUCUGCCCUGAAUGUGGGACGAUUUUACCCUUACCAGGCUCAGAAAGAACUGUCACGUGCUUAGCAUGUGAAUUCAAAGUAGACGUUAAAACAUUUGACCACUUAUCUACAGAUUAUGAAAUAAAAUUCAAUAAUCGAAGCAAAUUCAAGAAAUUGAAAGAAAAAGAUAACAGAAAGGGUGCAGAUGGUCCAUUGGCUGCUGAUCGAGAAUGCUCUAAAUGUGGUCACCAAGGAAUGACAUAUUCAACCUUACAGACAAGAUCUGCUGAUGAAGGACAAACAGUUUUUUUUAGUUGUCCUAACUGCAAGCAUCAAGAACUUGAAAAUUCGUGAUAUAUUAAUUUAUUGCUGUUAUUAAUGUCACAUAUUUUGUAUAAUUAUGAGAAGUCAUUUAUGUAUUUCAUUAAGUAACACUUUAAAAAAUAAUAAAUUGAACUCAUUUACAUAGUA